AUGUAUUUUAAUUCGCCAAAAUGUGACCGUUCAGGUCAUUAUUUACCUAUUCAAAGCCUUGACGGGUUUACUUGGUGUGUUGAUAAUUUAUCUUCUACGGGGAUUGAAUUGUAUGGAACAAGAGCGCCAAAUGAAGUUUUUAGAGGGUGUGAAUUAAGAAGAAUAUGCCCUUCAGUAAAUUGUGAAUUAAAAUGUCCUUUUGGUUUCCAAAUGGAUGGUUUAGGCUGUCCACAAUGUAUUUGCCGUUCACCUAUAUGUGAUUCUAUUCAAUGCCCUAUAGGAACUGUUUGUCGUCUUGUUAGACAAAAAUGUGAAGAAGCUAACAAAAAUAAAAUAUUUUAUUUUUGUUUAAUUCCUCAAUGUUUAUUAAAUACCUGCCUUAGAGGCGAGCCAAUUGAGGAUUUAGAAAGUGGAGAAUUAAAACAAUGUAAUGAACAAAAAGGUAUUAAAUGCCCGCCCGGUUUUUAUUGCCAAAAAUUGGGAAUUGGAGAGAGUGGUUAUUGUUGUUCUGGACUUGUUUUACAAAAUAAUUUACUCGAUUCAGCAACUAAAUGUCCAUCACUUCCAAAUUUAUUAUAUCGUCGAAACCAAACAGAAUUAACAGGAAAUAGUAAAAAACAAAUAUUAGGGUGCCGUUUAACUAGUGAAUGUAAAAAAGGAAAAAUAUGUUGUUUUAAUGGUUGGGGGAGUGAAUGCUUUUUGGAAGAAGAAAUAAAUAAUGAUAUUGAAGAAGAAAAAAUUAAAAUAAUUAAAUUAAAUAAAGAGAAAAAGGAAGAAGAAGAGGAUGUUAUUACUAAAUAUUCCCUUAAUUCAACAUCAACAGAUUUAUCUUUUAAAAAACAAUGCCCAAUUUAUUUAUAUAAUACAAGCAAUCCAGGCUGUGUUAGUAAUUGUUUUAGUGAUUCUGAUUGUAUUGAAAGAAGUGAACAUUCUAUUUGUUGUCAAGUUGGGUGUGGAAGGAAAUGUAAAUUUCCGGAAUUGACUAAUUUAUGUAUUCAUUUACUCAAAUCUACAUUAAAUGAAUUAGAUAAAUUAUCAACAAUUAAACAUUUAAUUAAUAAAAAACAACAAAAUCCAUUAAUAUUGCCAAAAUGUAAUUCUGAGGGAUAUUUUGAGAAUAUUCAAUUUAAUUCUUUAUUAGGGUAUUAUAUUUUAUUUGUAUUAGAAUAG